GCCUGUCAUCAUCCUCUCCCACCUCCUUCCCCUUCCCCACCCCUUGCCCCCUCCAUGGAGAGGAACAGAACUCUUCUCUGUCCCGUCUAACCCAGGGGGUCCCGGCGGCGGCGCCCCGGGCGGCCCGGGCCUGGGCCUCGGCAGCCUCGGGGAGGAGCGCUUCCCUGUGGUGAACACGGCCUACGGGCGAGUGCGCGGCGUCCGGCGCGAGCUCAACAACGAGAUCCUGGGCCCCGUCGUGCAGUUCUUGGGCGUGCCCUACGCCACUCCGCCCCUGGGCGCCCGCCGCUUCCAGCCGCCUGAGGCCCCCGCCUCGUGGCCCGGCGUGCGCAACGCCACCACCCUGCCGCCCGCCUGCCCGCAGAACCUGCACGGGGCGCUGCCCGCCAUCAUGCUGCCUGUGUGGUUCACCGACAACCUGGAGGCGGCCGCCACCUAUGUGCAGAACCAGAGCGAGGACUGCUUGUACCUCAACCUCUACGUGCCCACCGAGGACGGUCCGCUCACAAAAAAACGUGACGAGGCGACGCUCAAUCCGCCAGACACAGAUAUCCGGGACUCCGGGAAGAAGCCGGUGAUGCUGUUCCUCCAUGGCGGCUCCUACAUGGAGGGCACUGGGAACAUGUUCGACGGCUCUGUCCUGGCCGCCUACGGCAAUGUCAUCGUCGCCACACUCAACUACCGACUCGGGGUGCUCGGUUUUCUCAGCACUGGGGACCAGGCUGCAAAAGGCAACUAUGGGCUCCUGGACCAGAUCCAGGCCCUGCGCUGGCUCAGUGAAAACAUCGCGCAUUUUGGGGGCGACCCUGAGCGCAUCACCAUCUUUGGGUCCGGGGCAGGGGCCUCCUGUGUCAACCUUCUGAUCCUCUCCCACCAUUCGGAAGGGUUGUUCCAGAAGGCCAUCGCCCAGAGUGGUACCGCCAUUUCCAGCUGGUCUGUCAACUACCAGCCGCUGAAGUACACGCGGCUGCUGGCAGCCAAGGUGGGCUGCGACCGGGAGGACAGCGCCGAAGCCGUGGAGUGCCUGCGCCGGAAGCCCUCCCGGGAACUGGUGGACCAGGAUGUGCAGCCUGCCCGCUACCACAUCGCCUUCGGGCCCGUGGUGGACGGCGACGUCGUCCCGGAUGACCCCGAGAUCCUCAUGCAGCAGGGAGAAUUCCUUAACUACGACAUGCUCAUCGGCGUCAACCAGGGCGAGGGCCUCAAGUUCGUGGAGGACUCUGCGGAGAGCGAGGACGGGGUGUCCGCCAGCGCCUUCGACUUCACCGUCUCCAACUUCGUGGACAACCUGUACGGCUACCCGGAGGGCAAGGAUGUGCUGCGGGAGACCAUCAAGUUCAUGUACACGGACUGGGCCGACCGGGACAACGGCGAGAUGCGGCGGAAGACCCUGCUGGCGCUCUUCACCGAUCACCAAUGGGUGGCGCCGGCUGUGGCCACCGCCAAGCUGCACGCGGACUACCAGUCCCCUGUCUACUUUUACACCUUCUACCACCACUGCCAGGCCGAGGGCCGGCCUGAGUGGGCGGACGCGGCGCAUGGGGAUGAGCUGCCCUACGUCUUUGGUGUGCCCAUGGUGGGCGCCACCGACCUCUUCCCGUGCAACUUCUCCAAGAAUGACGUCAUGCUCAGCGCCGUGGUCAUGACCUACUGGACCAACUUCGCCAAGACUGGCGACCCCAACCAGCCGGUGCCCCAGGACACCAAGUUCAUCCACACCAAGCCCAACCGCUUUGAGGAGGUGGUGUGGAGCAAGUUCAACAGCAAGGAGAAGCAGUACCUGCACAUCGGCUUGAAGCCACGCGUGCGUGACAACUACCGUGCCAACAAGGUGGCCUUCUGGCUGGAGCUUGUGCCCCACCUGCACAACCUGCACACCGAGCUGUUCACCACCACCACGCGCCUGCCGCCCUACGCCACUCGCUGGCCGCCUCGUCCGCCCAACGGUGCCCCAGGCACGCGCCGGCCCCCACCGCCUGCCACCCUGCCGCCCGAGCCCGAGCCCGAGCCAGGCCCCAGGGCCUACGACCGCUUCCCUGGGGACUCCCGGGACUACUCCACCGAGCUGAGCGUCACCGUGGCCGUGGGUGCCUCGCUCCUCUUCCUCAACAUCCUCGCCUUUGCCGCCCUCUACUACAAGCGGGACCGGCGGCAGGAGCUGCGGUGCAGGCGGCUCAGCCCGCCUGGGGGCUCAGGAUCCGGAGUGCCUGGUGGGGGCCCCCUGCUCCCCGCCGCGGGCCGGGAGCUGCCACCAGAGGAGGAGCUGGUGUCCCUGCAGCUGAAGCGGGGUGGUGGCGUCGGGGCGGACCCUGCUGAGGCCCUGCGCCCCGCCUGCCCGCCCGACUACACCCUGGCCCUGCGCAGGGCACCGGACGACGUGCCUCUCUUGGCCCCCGGGGCCCUGACCCUGCUGCCCAGUGGCCUGGGGCCACCCCCACCCCCACCGCCCCCCUCUCUGCAUCCCUUUGGGCCCUUCCCCCCGCCUCCCCCCACUGCUACCAGCCACAACAACACGCUACCCCACCCCCACUCCACUACUCGGGUAUAGGGGGCGGCUUGGGGAGGCCCCCUCCCCAGCCCUCCCCAGCCCAGGCCGCUCCACAAGCAGGGAGGAGGACUUGGCGACAGGCCCGUCUCCUGCGGAGCCGUCCAUCACAGAGGUGACGGUGGACGCGUCUUUUUCCCGUUCUCGUCUCUGGACCUGGGCCUUUGAACACCUGGGGGGCGUUUUUCCUCCCCCCCUCCAAAGGGACGCCAGUCUUGGAUGUAUGGGAAUGUGGACGUAUUUCCCACGUGGAGACGCGCUCUCCUCGCGAGGUGGGCGUUUUCCCAUGUGCAGGGUGAGGUUUUUUUUCGCCGCCCUGGACACAUGUUGGCCCCCUCAAGGAACUUCUGCGGGGAUUUGUACCCCAAAAUCCCAUCCCCUCAUGCCUUCUCCCACCUCCUCCCCCUCCCAGCCCCUGGAGACCCUGGAAGUAAUGUGUUCACACACAGUGACCUUGGGCCACCAGACGACACAGGGUGGUGCCUGGGAAGCAUCGCGGAAGUCGCGGGUCCCCCGCCCCCACGCCCCGCCCCGCCGCCCCAGCAAAGCAUGCUUUCUCCCCUGUGGCACAAGUCAGAAGCGGCCCGCUCUCCCGGAAGUCACAGGACAGACAGACCUCCAGGCAGGUUGGAGGGGAGGGAGGAGCCCUGUGCAGCCCAGCCUGGUACUUCCUGGAGACUCCGGCCUGGGACGCACUUCUCAGCGUGGACACAUGGGCUUGCAUGCGGAUGUGUGUUUUCCCAGGCAGAGGGUCCCUCUCCCCCCAGCACUGCCCUGGACCCCUCCCCCCCCCCAGCAGGCCUCGGGCCUGGCACGCGAUUCUUCCUCACACCGCAGGUGGAACAGACUUCAGACUGGGGUAGAGGGUGGCGGACAAACCCUGAGGGGAGCCUCAGAACCCCCUCUCUCCAGAGAUGCUGAGCUGGAGGCCCUGGGCAUGGCGUGGGCCACACACUGAGGCCAUGCGUGUUUGACCAAAGCCCUCACAGGGGCAUGAGGGCAGCCUUUCCCUCAGGGCUCGGAUGCUCACUCAUCUGUGCCAAGCUAGGUAGGUGGGUUGAAAGGAGAAGGCCCGAGCCCCCCCACCCCCGAGAUGUGCCAAGGAUCCCCCAGUCCUGGGCUGGAGCAGGGGGUAUAGCAGCUAAGGGAGCCCUCACCUGUGUCUGUCCGCCCGCCCUGCUCCACCUGUGUCUCCCCGUCUCGGCAUCACCUGGCCUUCUCCCCUCAGCCGACCACCCCCUUCUCUGCCCUGCCCCCUUCGCCUGGCUGCCUGGCUGAAGGAAACGAGCCGCGAGAGGCCGCCCUGGACAGGUUGGGGCGAGAAUGAGGUCAGCUGUGUGGAGGCACAGAUGGAGGGGCAGUGGGGGACGGGGCUCGGGCAGACACCAGCAGGAAGAGUUUGAGAGGUGAUGUGUGAGGAGGUGCUUGCUCGAGUUUGCGCCUCUGGGGAGAGGAAGGAAGUGGGGUGGGGUUUAAGGGAUGCCGGACAAUCUUCCUCCGCUGCCGUCGGUGAGAUGUGAGUGCCAAACCGGGGGAGGGGGCGGGCGCCGUCUUCCAUACUCUUCCCGCUCCAGAGUCCCUGGUCUUGAGUCCCCAGAAUUUUGCCUUUGACCGUCUCUUCUCCAUCCUCCACCCGUGGAAACCUGGUUCUUUUAUGUCCCCUUCCCCUGCCUGGUCCAGCUCCUCUCCAAGCAGCCAUGCCCGCCAAAUGCUAGAGACCCAGGCCCUGAACCCUGUAGACGGAUGCCUCAGAAGCGGGGCAUGGGAGGGGGGCUGGGGGACCCCACGAUUCAGCCACGGACUCCAAUACCCAGCCCCUCUCCCUGGAACAAUCCCCCUCGACGACCCCGUGCCCCCACCCCAACCUUUGCGGCUCUGUACACAUUUUUAAACCUGGCAAAAGAUGAAGAGAAUAUUGUAAAUAUAAAAGUUUAACUGUU